UUUCGAUAUUUUUGAUAAAAAAUGUUCUAUAAAAAACUUGAUUACUGCACGUAAAUAGACCAGCUGAUGCAGUUGAAACAAUUUUGGAAAUUGAAAAUUGAUUUAUGGAUGCAGUCCAAUCACGAACAGUAGUUGAGCCGGAUGGUGAGCGCCUCCCUCUCGAAGAUAGUAACGGUAUAGACAUCCUCGGAAAUCUAAUGGAAAAUCUAGUCUACUCUAUUCUAUCUGUGAAUAUACCAUACUAUGGAAAUAUCCAUUCGAUGUUGCAUAAUUUGUUAGGAUUCGCUCAUGAUCCAGACAUUUUGUACCUGGAAGGACCUGGGGGGAUCGGUGAAUUAUCGACAGCGAUUCGUGAUCCCAUUUUCUAUCGACUACAUCAGUUUAUCGAUGAUCUAUUCGAGCAAUACAAAAAAGGGCUUACACUCGAUACUAAGCAAGAACUGGGAUUCCCUGGUGUAACAAUUGGAGACGUUUCGGUGCAAGUUACCAAUGGGAGAGUGGCAGUGAAUCGUCGGCUCACGUCUGCUGACAUAUGGGUUUCCCGUUUGAUAGGUUCAUCGAUAAGACGAUUGUUCAGAUGGAAGAUUUCGUGAGAGCAUUUCCCAACAUGAAGCGAACGUCAUCCGUGGGGAAUAUUUUUAACAAUAUGUAUUAGGAACGGUACUCCUGGAUUUGGAUUCAAAUUAAAUUAAGAAAGACAAGGG